AUGAAGAGAAUAGAUCACCUCCUUCGGCAGAUUCGGAGGCUCAGCUACAAGGAAGCCAUCACCCAGCUCAAAUUCAGCCAGAAGCGAGUCGCCCCCAAGGUUAUUGCUACCAUCGAGAAGGCUCGCCAAAAGGCCGAGCUCAAGUUUGGCCUUGAUCCCGAACGCCUCAUUCUCGAUGAAAUCUACGCCACCAAGGGCCAGUACGGAAAUCCUCAGAUCUACUACCACGCCAAGGCGCGCAUCGGUAUCAUGAGGCGCAAGAGGGUGCACCUCACCGUCAAGCUCAAGGAGGUGCCCUUCAAGGAGGGAGAGAAGCAGCUGGGCAAGUUCGUCAGGGGAGUCAACAGCGAGCAGCGGAAGGUGUGGGAGGAGAAGCGGGACAGAGUCGCGAAGGAGAUGGGCGUGCCGAGGCUCGUCGUCACCACCAAGCAGGUCGAGCUCUGGGACCUCUACAAGGAGAAGAUCCUCAACAAGAAGCCCGCGACUGCCACCGACCCCGCCGCCGCCGACGCCACCAACGCCGCCGACAAGGAAUUGUCUGCAUAA